UUCGGAAGUUGGUGAACGUUAGGGAGAUCGAGAUAACUGCAUCACUCUCGGCGCUAUCAUACAGACAAAUGGCAUCUGUAUGUAUAAGUGUGCAUCUGACAUAGUAAACAGGUAAAGUACUGUAAUGAAGAGAAGGGAGAAAGUAGUGCCGGUAUAUAAAGAGUUGGCCGUGACUUUGAGAGCAUCAUAGAAUCUGUUGUUCAUUCCACGGAUAAAGAUUGUAGGAUAUUGUCGGCAGUGUUUUCGUCGCGCAAAUUCGCCGAUCAUGAGAUUAAUUAUCUUUAUUACUAUGGUGGCCACAGUAUGGGGCUCUUAUGAGGAAGGAUACGGUGGUACAACUUAUCACGAAACAUCUAAACCAGUGGAGAUACCGAUCUACAAGAAGUAUGCGAUACCAAUUCCUCAUCCGGUCCCCGUUCCAGUGCCCCAACAAAUUAAAGUUCCAAUACCUCAACCCUAUCAAGUUCAAGUCGCAGUUCCACAUCCGGUUCCUGUAGAAGUUGUCAAACAUGUCGAAAUACCUAUUGAAAAGCCAGAACCGUAUGUCGUGGAAAAAAAGGUUCCAUACGUUGUCGAGAAACCAUAUCCAGUGACUGUAGAGAAACAUUUUCCAGUGCCAAUACCUAAGCCAUAUCCAGUUCAUGUGCCGGUGUAUAAGCACGUUUUCCAUCAUAAGAUCUCAGGACAUGGCUGGAAGCAUUAAUUCGCAAAUCCGGACGAUUUUCUUUAUCUUUAUGCCAAAAUUAUUGACAAGAGUGUUACACAUGCAACAAUAGAUCGUAAGCAUUAUGUUGUGAUG